AUGACGCAGCUCUUCAGCUCGUCCGGCCACUCGACCGUCCCCCAAGACUCGAAGCGCGCCUUCACCGGCAUGCCCAUCUCCACCAACAAGCAGGUCAAUGGCUCCAACAGCCAGGUCUCGCAGAAGAUCAAGAACUUCUUCCGCAUCAACACCGGCGGCAGCAAGGACAGUCUCGACGGCGCCAAGCACAGCGGCGAUGGAGGCUCGACCAAGGAGCGCGACGGCAAAUCAACCUUCCGCCAGUCGCGCUUCAUCCCGCACCUGAACCGCAACCGCAGCACCACCGUCGCCAGCGAAGGCAACCCUCUCGACGAGGGCAUGUCCCCCACCGCCCAGGCGAACCCCUACUUCCAGCACCAGGGUCCGCCCGCGCUCCGCCACCACAACGAGGGCAGCGUGCCCCCCUCGCCGCCCGACACUCCUCCCAUGCCCACCACCAAGGUCGAGGACGUCGACGGCCCCAGCGACAAGGCCACCACCGCCGGCAAGGAAGAGCUCGCCCGCAAGCUGCGCCGCGUCGCCUCCGCCCCGAACGCCCAGGGCCUCUUCACCAACGGCUCCCACGGCGACCGCCCCCAGACCGCCGAGCUGGGCAAGGAGCCGCUGGUCCAGCACGGCAACACCUCGACCCUGAGCAUGGUCGAGACGGCCGACAGCAGCCACCUCGCCAUCCCCGCUGGCGAUGGCGCCGCCGGCAGCCUGCCCUCCCCCGGCCAGAUCCGCAACAACCUGGCCUUCAGGAGAACGUACAGCUCGAAUUCGAUCAAGGUGCGAAACGUCGAGGUUGGCCCCGGCAGCUUCGACAAGAUCAAGUUGAUCGGCAAGGGCGAUGUCGGAAAGGUCUAUCUGGUUCGGGAGAAGAAGUCGGGCAGGCUGUACGCCAUGAAGGUCUUGAGCAAGAAGGAGAUGAUCAAGCGGAAUAAGAUCAAGCGCGCUCUGGCCGAGCAGGAGAUCCUGGCUACCAGCAACCACCCGUUCAUUGUCACGCUCUACCACUCCUUCCAGUCCGAGGACCAUCUCUACCUCUGCAUGGAAUACUGCAGCGGUGGCGAGUUCUUCCGAGCACUUCAAACCCGUCCCAACAAGUGUGUCGACGAGGAUGCUGCGAGGUUCUAUGCCGCCGAGGUUACUGCCGCGCUCGAGUACUUGCAUCUCAUGGGCUUCAUCUACCGUGAUUUGAAGCCGGAGAACAUUCUGUUGCACCAGUCGGGACACAUCAUGUUGUCAGACUUUGAUCUCUCCAAGCAGUCGGACCCCGGUGGAAGGCCGACCAUGAUCCUUGGCAACAACAAGGGCUCGUCAUCCGGUUCGCUACCUGCUAUUGACACCAAGUCCUGCAUUGCCAACUUCCGAACAAACUCGUUCGUUGGUACCGAGGAGUACAUCGCCCCGGAGGUCAUCAAGGGUUGCGGUCAUACCAGUGCAGUUGACUGGUGGACGCUGGGAAUCCUGGUCUACGAGAUGCUCUACGGCACGACGCCUUUCAAGGGCAAGAACCGGAACGCAACAUUUGCUAACAUUCUGCGUGAUGAUGUGCCGUUCCCCGAGGGCAACGGCGCACCGCAAAUCUCAAACCUCUGCAAAUCGCUCAUCCGCAAACUGCUCAUCAAGGACGAGAUGCGCCGUCUCGGCUCGCGCGCUGGCGCGUCAGACGUCAAGGCGCACCCCUUCUUCAGGACAACGCAGUGGGCCCUGCUGAGGCACAUGAAGCCUCCGAUGAUCCCCAACCAGGGCCGUGGAAUCGACACGAUCAACUUCCGGAACGUCAAGGAGAGCCAGAGUGUGGACAUCGGCGCGGCCAAGGUCAAGGGCGUGCCGCUGGAUUCCGGUCUGGCAACGCCUGGAUCGGAGAAGGCGGUCGAUCCAUUCGAGGAGUUCAACAGCGUCACAUUACAUCAUGAGGGUGACGAAUAUAGCGGCGGUCACGACAUGAGCCCGGCAGCGACGCAAGAAUCGAGAUAG